UAUUCUAACUUAUUGCACCAGUGUAGCAGUGCAGGAAUAAAAAACAAACCUAAUUACUACAGUGACAUUUGAUAAUUUGAAAAUUAGCUUAUCCUUGCGAUAAAAAAAAAACCAGUCAGAGCUAGAAGCAGCUGUUGAAACAGCGCUUAAAAUAAGAGAUUUAAAGAGCAGGUUAGGUUCGCCCCGUCGUUAUCAGCUGAUUGGAACAUUCGCUCGAACCCGCUCGAACCACUUGUCUGUAUUGACAUGUUUCUUCAAACUAUAAUUGUGCCCGAUCGAGUCGUUGCGUGAUACAUCUUAUAAUAGCUGCGACAGAGAGUCGGUACCUCUAUUAUGGAUCCACCAAAGGACGAGAUGUACGCAGAGGCGGCAUUGCUUGAGAAUCUGUCCACGGAGCAGAGCUCACGAUGCGAAUCGCCGAAACGCGGUACCACACUCUCCACCAGCACCAGCAGUUUCGAGGCACUGGACCCGCACGACCCGAAUCUGAGUCGCCUGGCGAACACCAUGUUCCAGAAAACGGGCGAGUACUUGCAGGAAGAGCUCACUGCCACCCACGCAGACUACCGUCUGCUGGAGCGUCUGAACAAGGAAACCAUCGCAAAGUAUACGGAACUCAAGAUCAUCUCGUCGAACGUGGUGCAAUCGUUGGACUCUCUCAACGAUAAGUAUCAGAAGCUGCAGCCGAUCCUGGAUAAUAUCAAUCAGAUCGACGACAGUGUUAGCAAAUUGGAACAGGCUGCAUAUAAGCUGGCGGCAUAUUCCAAACGACUCGAGGCCAAGUUUAAAGAUCUUGAAAAAGAUAAAGGCAAAUGAAGCUGUUUCGCAACUAUAAAACUUCGACAUUGCAUUGUCUCGUCGCACUAAAAUGUCCAUGUCACACAAAUACGAGUCCAAAGCGAUCGAUUAUUAUGCUUCAAUACGGUCUUCCAAAUAUCACAAUGUAAUAUGACGUAUCUUAAACGACCAUAAUGAAGAAAGCGCUGCAUCGUUCCUAAUAUUCAAUUACCAAUAAAAGCCAAUACACUUUUA